GAUGAGGGACAAGGCUCAGUGAACCCAGCUUGAUCUGGGCACUGCUGGGCAGGGAACAGCAAAAGAUGGAGAGGAAACUGCCCCCCUUUUUACCAUCAGCCUAGGAGUAAGGAAGCGGAGCGAUACACAGAAUGCUGGGGAGUCAAUAAGGUCCGGGCUGCUGGACCAUUUGCAAAGAGUACGGAUGAGAUUUUGAUGAUUGACUGCAGUUCGCAGAACAGCCCGAUUCCCAUUCUGUGAGGAGAUGUCAGCGGAAUCAGAGGAGAAUGGGAAGGGCCCUGCUCCGCCGUAUUCCAGCGAGGAGGCGGAGCCCUUUAUGGAAACAGCGGAGGUAGUCCUCUCUUGUUGGCGGUACUCCAUUGACGGGGCGGUGAUGAAUGGAACGGAUACGCUGAACUCCACAACUAGCUCCCAGGCACACAAGAAGCGACAGCAUUACAGCAAGCACAAGAGUCAAGCAGGCAGCGGGGUCCACAGGAAUCCGAGAGCCCUCUUUUGUUUGUACCUCAACAACCCUAUCCGGAGGGCUUGUAUCAGCAUUGUAGAGUGGAAACCUUUCGAUAUCCUCAUCCUCAUGACCAUCUUUGCAAACUGCGUGGCAUUAGGUGUCUAUAUCCCUUUUCCUGAAGACGAUUCGAACACAGCCAACCACAACCUGGAACAAGUUGAGUAUAUCUUCCUCAUCAUCUUCACUGUGGAGAGCUUCCUGAAGAUCAUUGCCUAUGGACUUGUCAUGCACCCCAGUGCCUACAUCAGAAACGGGUGGAACCUGUUAGAUUUUGUCAUCGUUGUUAUUGGGCUCUUCAGUGUGAUCCUGGAACAGUUUUCGCACAAGCAAGGAGACGCACAUCACAUGAGUGGGAAGCCCGGGGGGUUUGAUGUGAAAGCGCUGAGAGCAUUCCGCGUUCUGAGACCGCUACGACUUGUGUCGGGUGUCCCAAGUCUGCACAUUGUAUUGAAUUCUAUAAUGAAAGCCAUGGUGCCCUUGCUUCAUAUUGCACUGCUGGUCUUGUUUGUCAUCAUCAUUUAUGCCAUCAUCGGACUGGAACUGUUUAUCGGACGGAUGCACAAGACCUGUUUCUACAUUGGCUCAGACCUCGUCUCAGAAGAAGAACCCGCCCCGUGCGCUUUCUCCGGCCAUGGGAGGGAAUGUCAUCUCAACAACACAGAGUGCCGGGGCAAAUGGGAAGGGCCCAAUGGUGGGAUCACAAACUUCGAUAAUUUCUUCUUUGCCAUGCUGACUGUGUUCCAGUGCAUCACUAUGGAGGGCUGGACUGACGUGCUAUACUGGAUGCAGGAUGCCAUGGGCCACGAGCUUCCCUGGGUUUACUUCGUCAGCCUGGUUAUUUUCGGGUCAUUCUUCGUUCUAAACCUUGUACUGGGUGUGUUGAGUGGAGAGUUCUCAAAGGAGAGAGAGAAAGCCAAGGCCAGGGGUGACUUCCAGAAGCUGAGGGAGAAGCAGCAAAUGGAGGAGGAUCUAAAGGGCUAUCUAGACUGGAUCACACAGGCUGAGGACAUUGAGCCAGAAAGGGAUGAAACGGACGAAAGACACAACCCCAGCCUCCCCGCCAGUGAGACCACAUCGCUCAACACUGAGAACCUAGAUGAUGAACAUACCAACUGCUGCUCCCUAUGCAUGAGCAAGUUGGGCCAGACCGGGUGCUGCCGAAAGGUGAAACGCUGGAACCGAGCUUUCCGGAGGAGAUGUCGGCUGGCGGUUAAAUCAGUCACGUUUUACUGGAUGGUUCUGAUCCUGGUCUUUCUGAACACCCUGACCAUUGCGUCUGAGCACUACCGGCAACCAGACUGGCUUACCCAGAUACAAGGCUAUGCUAACAAGGUGCUGCUGUCUCUCUUCACCCUGGAAAUGCUCCUGAAGCUGUACAGCCUGGGGUUCCACGCCUACUUUGUGUCUUUCUUCAAUCGCUUUGACUGCUUUGUGGUGUGUGGAGGGAUCCUGGAGACUGUCCUGGUAGAGUUCCACAUCAUGUCCCCGCUCGGGAUCUCUGUCCUGCGCUGUGUGCGGCUGUUAAGGAUCUUCAAAGUCACAAGACACUGGGCAUCGCUAAGUAACCUGGUCGCCUCACUGCUGAACUCCAUGAAAUCCAUUGCUUCUUUACUGCUGCUCCUCUUCCUCUUCAUCAUCAUCUUCUCCCUGCUUGGGAUGCAGCUUUUCGGAGGAAAGUUCAACUUCGAUGAGACCCAGACCAAAAGAAGUACGUUUGACACCUUCCCGCAGGCACUGCUCACUGUGUUCCAGAUACUGACAGGGGAGGACUGGAACGCAGUGAUGUAUGAUGGCAUUAUGGCCUAUGGGGGACCAUUCUUCCCUGGAAUGCUGGUCUGUGUGUAUUUUAUCAUCCUCUUCAUAUGUGGAAACUAUAUCUUAUUGAAUGUCUUCUUGGCUAUUGCUGUGGACAAUCUGGCUGACGGAGACAAUAUUAACAGCAAAGAUAAGAAGGGUGGCAAGAAGUCAGGGAAGACGGAAGAUAACGCAGAUAACACCGUAAAGGUUCCGUGUGAGGAGGAUAAUGAGGACAAAGAGGGGAGUGAAGAAUCUGAGGAGGAGGAAGAUGAAGAAGCCAGCCUCCCAGAUUCUCACCUGGAUAAACUUGCAGAGUUUGCACCAAAGGAGAAAGUUCUUCCAAUCCCAGAGGGCAGUGCCUUCUUUAUUCUCAGCAGCACCAACAUGCUCCGAGUUGGGUGUCAUCGCUUAAUUCACCACCACAUAUUUACCAACCUCAUCCUGGUCUUCAUCAUCCUUAGCAGCAUCUCCCUGGCAGCAGAAGAUCCAAUACGCGCCCACUCCUUCCGUAACCACAUUUUGGGUUAUUUUGACUAUGCAUUCACCUCCAUCUUCACAGUGGAAAUCUUACUGAAGAUGAUGGCGUACGGUGCUUUCCUGCACAAAGGCUCCUUCUGCCGCAACUGGUUCAACCUCCUGGAUCUGCUUGUUGUCAGCGUGUCGCUCAUCUCCUUUGGGAUACAUUCCAGUGCUAUUUCCGUGGUAAAGAUCCUCCGUGUACUGAGAGUGCUGCGUCCACUGAGAGCCAUUAACAGAGCCAAGGGACUGAAGCAUGUCGUGCAAUGUGUGUUCGUUGCCAUCCGCACUAUUGGGAACAUUAUGAUAGUCACCACCCUCCUCCAGUUUAUGUUUGCCUGCAUUGGGGUUCAGCUCUUUAAGGGCAAAUUCUACAGCUGCACUGAUGAGGCCAAACACAUGCCAGAGGAGUGCAAGGGAACGUUCAUUGUGUACAAAGAAGGGGAUGUCACUCACCCAAUGGUACGAGAGAGAAUCUGGCACAACAGCGACUUCAACUUUGAUAAUGUAUUGUCUGGAAUGAUGGCCCUAUUUACAGUGUCUACUUUUGAAGGCUGGCCGGCGCUUUUGUACAAGGCCAUUGAUGCCAAUGGGGAAAACGUGGGACCAAUAUACAAUUAUCGCGUGGAGAUUUCCAUCUUUUUCAUUGUCUACAUCAUCAUCAUUGCAUUCUUCAUGAUGAACAUCUUUGUGGGUUUUGUGAUCAUCACCUUUCGGGCACAGGGCGAGCAGGAGUACAAGAAUUGUGAGCUGGACAAAAACCAGCGCCAGUGUGUGGAGUACGCGCUGAAGGCACAGCCCCUGCGCCGCUACAUCCCAAAGCAGAAAUACCAGUACAAAGUGUGGUUUAUGGUCAACUCCACUGGCUUUGAGUAUAUUAUGUUUGUGCUGAUCCUACUCAACACCAUUGCCCUGGCCAUGCAGCAUUAUGAGCAGUCAAAGCCAUUUAAUUACGCUAUGGACAUCCUAAACAUGGUGUUCACUGGACUUUUCACUGUAGAGAUGGUGCUGAAACUCAUCGCAUUCAGACCUAAGCAUUAUUUCUGCGAUGCCUGGAAUACGUUUGAUGCUCUUAUUGUAGUGGGAAGCCUUGUGGAUAUCGCAGUCACCGAGGUUAAUAAUGGAUGGCAUGUUGGGGAGAGCUCAGAAGACAGCUCCAGAAUUUCCAUCACUUUCUUCCGUCUCUUCCGUGUCAUGCGCUUGGUGAAACUGCUUAGUAAAGGAGAAGGUAUAAGGACACUGCUGUGGACAUUUAUUAAGUCCUUUCAGGCUUUGCCAUAUGUCGCUCUUCUGAUCGCAAUGAUAUUUUUUAUCUAUGCCGUCAUUGGUAUGCAGACAUUUGGGAAAAUCGCCAUGCAGGAUGGAACUCAGAUCAACCGGAAUAACAACUUCCAGACCUUCCCCCAGGCUGUGCUGCUGCUAUUCAGGUGUGCCACAGGCGAGGCCUGGCAGGAGAUUAUGUUGGCCAGUCUGCCCGGCAAGAGAUGUGAUAUUGAGUCGGACUUUGCUCCAGAGGAAGAGUUUACCUGUGGGAGCAACUUUGCUAUUGUUUAUUUUAUCAGCUUUUUCAUGCUUUGCGCCUUCCUGAUCAUCAACUUGUUCGUGGCGGUCAUUAUGGAUAAUUUUGAUUAUCUCACAAGGGAUUGGUCCAUUUUGGGACCUCAUCAUUUGGAUGAGUUUAAGAGAAUAUGGUCUGAGUAUGACCCAGAAGCAAAGGGCCGUAUUAAACACUUGGAUGUGGUGACCUUAUUGCGCCGUAUCCAGCCUCCCCUGGGAUUUGGAAAACUAUGCCCACACCGUGUGGCAUGUAAGAGAUUGGUUGCCAUGAAUAUGCCUCUUAACUCUGAUGGAACUGUGACAUUCAAUGCCACUCUAUUUGCCCUGGUACGGACCUCGCUGAGGAUCAAAACUGAAGGGACCCUGGAAGCUGCUAACGAGGAACUAAGAGCCGUCAUUAAAAAAAUCUGGAAAAGAACCAAGCAGAAGAUAUUAGAUGAGGUCAUCCCACCCCCUGAAGAGGAAGAGGUGACAGUGGGGAAAUUUUACGCCACCUUCCUAAUCCAGGAUUACUUUCGGAAAUUUCGCCGUAGGAAGGAAAAGGGUCUUCUCGGAACGGACAACCUGCCAAGCAACUCUACCACAUUACAGGCUGGGCUGAGGAGCUUGCAGGAUUUGGGAUCUGAGAUCCGCAGAGCAUUAUCCUGCGAGCUUGAAGAGGAUGACCUAUCUGCAUUUAGGGGAUUGGGGUGCCAGGUUGCCGAAGAGACACCUUUAUGUGAGAGUGCGCCAGGCCUGACCAGUCAGAUCUCUGCAUCUGUAUUGUCUCUCACCAACUCCAUUGGAGCUCAUGAUGAGCAGGCACCCGCUCCCCGUAGAUCCUCAUUGGUCAAUCGAUCUGGCGGGGGGUCCAAAGACAGCCUGCUGCCACCUCCUCCACCGCCACCGAGUAUGACCAGCGGGAAAAAGAGGCAACCCAGCACGCGCAGAAGGAGCUUGGAUGGGACCUUUGUACCUCCAACCUUACAUGAGCAGGAAGAAACCCCUAAUGAAGAUGAACAGAGAUCUAAAACCUCCUCACCUGUGUACACUCCCAACAAUGAAGCACAUAGGCUGCAGCAUCUGGAGGACUCUCAUCAGCGCUCUAUAUCUCCGGAAGAGACUAUGAGGGCUCAGUCCACACCUGCGGAACCUCCAGCCGCGCCCCGGGCUAACGGCACUCUGGAUGGCAGACCUGCCCCUCGAAGGCGGCUGCUGCCCCCUACUCCUGGUAACCUCGAGUCAUUCAAUGCGGGUAGUAAAUCUGCAUUCAGCAUCCAAUGCCUGAAAAGACAGGGAAGCUGUGAUGACAUCCCUAUUCCAGGAACGUACCACCAAAACGCACCACCCAACCGAACCAGAGUUUAUGGAAGCUCAGAUUCCUGGCAAAGAACCGAUUACUCAUCCAGUGGUUCACACUCCUGGGCCAACCCCCCAAAACGUGGGCGCCUUCUCUAUGCACCCCUUAUCUUGGUGGAGGAGGACAGCACCCUGCCCACCAUCCCUUGCACUCAUUGGUAUAGAGAGGAGGAGGACAAGGCGCCUUACUGCACCUACACCCAGCUUUGUGUGCCUGGGCAGAGGCUGACGGAAAAGAGAGGGAGCGCUGACAGCCUGGUGGAAGCAGUGUUGAUAUCUGAGGGUCUGGGGCUCUAUGCACGGGAUCCAAAGUUUGUUGCUUUUGCCAAGCGUGAGAUUGCAGACGCAUGUCACAUGACCAUCGACGAGAUGGAGAGUGCCGCCAGCGACCUUCUAAGCCAGAGCCGCAAAGGCAGUUGGAGCGGGAGUACUGGAGGGAGGCCAUCCGGAGAUGACAUGAUGGGACAAGGACUGUUUUACAGUGAUGAGGAAUCAGUGCACUGCAGGGAUGAGGAAGAGCUGCGGGAUGAAAUGGCUUGUGUGUCCUCAUUCUGAGACUAUUCCUUCUGAGAGGGAGACUAGCCAAAGCAACUGUAUCAGCAGCAUAGACAUCAGCACGCACAGCUGCCCCAGCUGUAGUCUGUUCCCUGCUUGCCCACAGAGUACGGGGGAGACAUUACGAUGACUAGUAUAAGCUACUAGCCCUUACACGUAUUCCCUUUAGAGGUCAAGAGGGGGUGACAGCCAUUUUGUAAGCUCAAUAUGCACCUAAAUAGAAGAAAGACUGUUUAGUAAAGGAAAAGUAUAGCUGAAAGUAGAGAUGUGCAAGUUCGAAUUGACUUGGUUUUACUCAGAUCUCAAAAACAGCAUCUUAUUGCCUAUCGGCUCUCACAUGUUUCGGACAGUCAAUAACAUAAAUUCGAACUUGCGCUAGUUUGGCAAAAAAAUCCUAGUAAAUAUGAACCCGCAUUUCUCUGGCCCAGAGGUUCCCAAAUGAGACCCUCAAGGCACCCUAACAUGCCAGGUUUUAAGUAUAUCCAUGGCUCAGCAUAGAUGGUUAAUUAAAAAAAACAUAUAUAUAUUUAAUUUAACUACUGUAUAUGGAAAUUUUGGAGUUAUCCAUAUACCGGUAGCACACGGAACACAGAAAAUGUAAUUUACACCAGUGUAGCUCCCACAGCACAAAUAGGUCCUGUUUUAAUUAGGGCUGCUGAGGUAAAAGGUUUUACAUACUUCAUUGGGAGGAGUCGUUACGUAUAACGGUCCCGACCGCCGCCCCUCCCCCUCCAAACGCUGCAGCAUGUUAAUCACGCUGCAGCUAAGGCAGGACUGCAAGCAAUCACAUAGGACCCGCUCUGCAAGUGCGCAAAACCGGUCCUGUGCUUGCGCAGUGCGCCCACCAUCUGAUUUGUACGUAAAUCGGGCCCUUAUUGUGGCUCGUAAUGACUUCUAGCUCUAACGCAGAUACUACUGUACUCUGCGGCGUGAGACUGAGGACUGCAGAUAUUUCCACGUAUCCCACUGACAAAUAAAUUUCACCUACAUGAAUUACUUCCUUUUACAGACUUGUGGGGGGAAAAAGUCCCUUUAUGCAGGGUUUUUGCCAUAGUUUUCCUUCAAUCACCCCACUGGCAAUCAGGUUACCACAGAAAUGAAAGAAUAUUAAAUUAGAAGUAUUUAAAUAUCUAAGGUUAUAAGAUAGCCAGGACUGGUAACUGAAAACAUGUUCUGUCUACUACUGCUGUCUAUUACAUUUUAUAAAUUUUUAAGAAGUGUACAUAGGAAUUUUCACUUAU